GCCACCAGCAUGUAACAAUAUCUCCUGACUCCUCCCAUCAAAUGUGUAUAUUAAUAUUCCCAUCCCAUCAUGGAUCAAACGAUCAAUUUAAUUUUCGCACAACUCCAAGCCACUCUCAGCGAUUCCAUCCGCGAAGCUCUCAAUACCCAUCGACCCCUCAUCACUCACCUCAAUGCAGACACUACAUGGCUCCUUUCAAUCCCCUACCCUCCUACAGCGUACAAUCCUCUCAGCAGAUCAUAUUAUCAUAUACUCAUAGAUCCAUGGCUACGCGGUGGUCAAAGUGACGUCGCGGCAUUCUUCAGUCAACAAUGGCAUGCGAAUCCUAGCGCAGUGCAAAGCAUACAGGAGGUAGAGGACGUCAUCAAGGGUAUUGAGGAAGCGGCAAAUAAGAAAGCAGUUGUGGGAGAUGAAAGCUGGAUUGAUGUGGUGGUUGUGAGCCAUGAAUUUACAGACCAUAUGCAUAAGGAUACUUUACUUGAGAUCCCUAGCACCGUUCCCGUAUUCGCGGCUUCGAAAGCUGCAGCUGCCAUUAUUUCUUGGGUGCAUUUUGAUCGUGUAAAGGAAAUACCUAGGUUUGAUGGUGAUUGGAGGGGAGCUUCUUUGGAAUAUUUGCCGGACUGGGUAGGGAUUUCGAGAGUUGCGAAGGCGGGGGUGGAUUUACUUUAUUACCAUUCUGCUGUUAUGAUUACAUUUUCUAUUUCUCCUGAGGAUAAGACGCUGGAUGAAGAUGCGGGCGAAGAAAUGCCCGAAGCGGUAAUAUAUACACCUCAUGGAAUUGAUCCUGGUGAUUUAACAUUGGUGGGGAGUGCUCGGCCGCCUAUUCGGAUCCUCGCGUUACUACAUGGCUUACAGGAUAUUUCGUUACCUCGGGCACAAUUGAAUAAAGGGGCACAUAAUGGAUUGAAGGUUCAAAGGUUACUGAAUGCAAAGUACUGGCUUGGUACACACGAUGAGGUCAAAACUGGCGGAGGAUUAGUGAGUUGGUUUUUGAAUCGGAAGGUUUUGACGCUAGAGGAAGCAUUGGAGAGAGAAGCCAUUGAGAAUGGGGACACUGGUGAUGCUGAAAAGGUAGGGGAUAUCAGAUUUUUGGAGGUGGGAAAUGGCGAGAGUUUGAUUUUGGUGUAAUGGUUAACUGUUUUGGACCAUCCCAAGUGGUUUGUGAUGCUGUUGUUGCUACUGUUGCCGAAGCAUAUUCCAAGAUUAACUAUCACAUAAGAGGAAAGUAAUUGAAGACUACCCGUUUGAAGAAGGAAAAGAGCUUUCUUUGCAGUCAUUUUCGGAAUCCGUCUUUGAUACUAUUUACCCCAGUAUUCUUUAUCUCAAUCAUUUUCAUUUUCCCUUUGUUCAUGGGUGGUAUGUACCUCAUAAUUUCU